AUGGAACAUGUUAAUGAUUAUAACUGGAUAGGACUUCCAAGAUACAGUAGCGAAUAUAAAGAGGGGAUAAAAGCAUUUGUGGAAAAGGCAUUUCCUCUUUUUGCUGUAGGUAAUGAAAUGAAAUGCCCCUGCAAAGAUUGUGAUGAUCGUAAGUGGCAUCAUCAAGAUGUAAUUUAUGGUCAUCUCAUCUGCAGAGGACCUUCCCUGUCACAAGUCCAAUUGAUUUGUAAGUUUUCAGAAGUCAAAGUAGGAAAUAGUACUGAAUCUAAGGACUGUGAAGCGGGGGCUGGUUUCGGGGACAACUUACACCAGAUGUUCGAUUAUACGGGUAGGAGGUUUCAGAAUGUAGAGAAUGGACCAAAUGCUGAGGCCAAAAAAUUUUAUCGCCUUGUAGAGGAGGGAAAACAACCACUAUAUCCGGGCUGCAAGAAAUAUUCUCGGUUAAGUUUCAUAAUCAGAUUUUAUCAUUUAAAGUGUGUUCAUGGGAUUAACGAGUCUGGCUUCCAGGAUUUAUUAGUGUUAAUUAAGGACACAUUUCCAGAAGCCAAUGUCCCUUUAACUUUUAAUGCUGCAAAGAAUAUAAUCAAAGACUUAGGGCUUGAUUAUCAAAGAAUACAUGCAUGCCCAAAUAGUUGCAUGUUGUAUUGGGCCGAAAAUAAAGAUAAACAAGUUUGUGAUAAUUGUGGGGUUUCGAGGUGGGUUUUAGAAGAGAAGAAAGGUUGUGCUGAAAAUAAAGAUCCGGAGAAGUUGAUUAGCAAAGUGCCAGCUAACGUCAUGAGAUACUUUCCGCUUAAACCGAGGUUACAACGGCUGUUCAUGUGCAAAGAAAUGUCCAAACUCAUGACAUGGCAUGCAACGGGACGGUUAGAUGACGGGAAACUAAGGCAUCUAGGAGACGCUAAACCUUGGAAGACAAUGGACGUGAACUAUCCUGAUUUUGCUUCAGAAAUUCGAAAUAUAGGGCUAGGUAUAGCAGCUGAUGGAUUUAGUCCAUUUCGUACAAUGAAUCAAAGUCAUAGUACAUGGCCGAUUGUCCUUGUAAAUUACAACCUCCUACCUUGGAUUUGCAUGAAACAAGAGAAUUUAAUUCUCUCGACGUUAAUAUCGGGUUCAAAUUCUCCUUCAAAUAGUAUCGGUGUAUAUAUGCAACCAUUGGUCGCUGAGUUGAAAGAGUUGUGGAGUACUGGCAUCACAACUUAUGAUACCAUGAGUGAUCCGAAUUUUGAUUUACGGGCAGGGGUGCUCUGGACCAUCAGUGACUUUCCAGGAUAUGUUAUGCUGCGGUUUCUUCACCCUUCACACAAAUAUAGAUUUGAUAAGAAAAGAUUUAAUGGGGAGAUUGAAACAAGGCAGAGUGCGAAACCAUUAACAGGGAUAGAGGUUGAACAGUUGUUGGUUGGGUUUAAAAACCAAUUUGGGGAAAUUAACAAGAAAAAAAGAAAGCGUGAAUCUGCCAUCCCUUUCAAGAAGAAAUCAAUUCUUUUUGAAUUUGUCGUACUAGAAGCAUAA